CGCACGUGACCUAUAUCGGCAUCUGACCCGCCGGCAAGUUCGGUAUUGGGCGAGUCGCAGCCAGAACUCCAGCUUCGGAAAAUCAUACGUGGACAUUUAACAAGUGGCGACUCCCCACACGUCCACAACUGGCAAAUACGAGUUCACCGCUCACAUACAUCACAUUCUAACGAUACCGAGACAAUAAGCCCCCAUCAGCCGCGGCAUCCAUCAUGUCCGACGUCAAUAUCCCGCAGCUUGUUUUCCUCGCCGUGGUCGGCUUCCUCGUCGUCCGAUGGUACCUCAAACCGGGAUCUCUCGCCGACCCUUCCAGCUCGUCAUCUUCCGGCUCGCGGACAGCCAGCUCACGGACGGGGCUUCGGGGUGAGGUGCCACCGCAGACGAUGGUGCGGGUCGAGCGGGUAGCGCAGAUGUUCCCGCAGUUGGAGCGGCGGGAUAUCUUGUGGGAUUUGCAACGCCAUGGAGGGGAUGUGCAGGGGACGAUUGAGCGGGUGUUGAGUUUGGGGAGGUUGGGGACGCCACCUCAAUCAUUCCAACCAAUCUUCCCUACCCCGGCGAACGCUUCUCCGGCCGCCCGACCGAAUGCCUCACAACCUUCAAAAUCCGCCCAUCCAGACCUCAUUACCCGAUACAACCUCUCUUCCAAGUUAUCCGCAUCAUCACCUAGCAGUGGCGCAGACUCACCUGCCAUUGCGGCUACUAGCGAACGGCCCUUGUCAGAAAUACCGACAAGCAGUGCGGCGAAGGAGGGGUGGUCCUCGAAUAAGGUAGAGCGGGCACAGCUGUUGCAACGGAGAAGAGAGGAGAUGAUAUUGGCGGCGAGGAGAAAGAUGGAAGAGGAGGGGAAAGGGGCUUAAGCAA